AUGAUUACUCCAGAGGAAGCAGACUUGGACCCCCUAUCAGAUCUCCCUCAACAGUAUCACAAGUUUGCCAAGGUAUUUGGCAAAGAGGAAUUUAAGGUCCUCCCUCCACACAGGGAGUAUGACAUUGCAAUUGACCUAAUUCCCAACGCUAAACUCUCUCCCGGACCCAUCUAUGGCAUGACCAACGCAGAAUCAAAGGCCCUGAAACAACACAUUGAUGAGGAACUGGCAACAGGAAAGAUACGCCCCAGCACCUCUUUGGCAGGCGCCCCGGUCAUGUUUGUCAAGAAGGCAGAUGGUUCUCUCAGACUAGUGGUAGACUACCAAAAGCUCAACAACAUCACGCAUAAGAAUGUGUACCCUCUCCCCAGACAGGAUGACUUAAUGGCAAAACUGAGGAACGCAAAGUUGUUUACCAAACUAGAUCUUUGUUGGGGUUACAACUACGUCAGAAUCAAAGAAGGAGAUGAAUGGAAGACAGCAUUCAGGACCAAAUAUGGGUUGUUUGAAUACCUGGUUAUGCCCUUUGGCCUUACCAACACCCCAGCUGCCUUCCAACAUUUUAUGAAUGACUUGUUUUGA